AUGUCUGCGCCACAGGCCGCUGCCGACGUCAACGAUGGGGACACCUUUGUCCACCAGGUGGCCAUCGAGAUGUCUCGUAUGAUGAACCUCGUCAACCCGAACGAUAUUCUUGCGCAGCGUGUUGUGGACAUUGCGCGGGGCAACCGGUCCGGAGACGCGUUCUGCAAGGCUGUGUCUACGUUUGGCAAGUUUCCCGAGGACCAGCUUCUGUCGCUCCAUUCGCGUAUUCUUGCCCACGAAGCACUUGCAUCCCAGGGGCGGCCUCGCGGCGGCAACGGUGUCAAGGUCGAGGGAAUGGAUCACGAGGACUCGGAUGUGCUCGCCAGCGACGCCCCGCGUCGUGGUGGUCUGCGCCAGUCUGGCGCUCCCAAGUUCAAGGCGCCGGCCACGCCGCGUGCGUCGGUGUUUGGUCUCGACAAGCUCGCUGCCGAGAAGCGCGCCCAGGCGGCAGGCGUCAAGAUUGAGCCGCCCAGUAAGCGUAUCAAGAUGGAGGUGGACGAAGAUGAGAACGGCGUGUCGACGUCUGGAGGCGUGUUCAAGGUCCCUGCUAUCCCCGUGAAGCGUGAGGCCGUCCGCGUCAAGCCCGACGAGACGCCCAGCCACGGCGGUGGUCUGAGUGAUGCCGCGCGCCAGCGUCUCGAGGCAAGGAGGCGAGAGCGCAACAUGCCAUCGUCGGCGACCACUGCCCAGUCCAUGCCCGACCGCAGGGACGAGAAGAAGGGUCUCGGCGAUUUUCAGCAGCGUCUCAACAAGGGCUCGUACCAGGACCGCGAGCGUGACCGUCGCGACUGGAGGAAUCGGGACGACGACCGCCGCCGUGAAGGCAAGAGCUGGGACGCGGCGCCGACUCCGCGGACCGACCAGCGCGACCGCGGAAUGGACGGAAGCAUGAGGGUCCCCAACCGCGGAUGGGAUGAGACUCCCAGUCGUGGAGGUGGUUGGGGCAAGAGCGGUGGUGAGAGCUCGCGGAGAGGGUGGGACGAAACCCCCAGUCGUGGCAGCCGAGGAGCGUCACCCGAGUUCCAGGUGGACGCCAAGGAAUGGGAGGAGGAGCAGGUCAGGUUGGAUCGUGACUGGUACAGCUAUGAUGACGAAGGCGCAGUGGCCGGCGACGAAGACCACAACCCGUUCUCGCAGUGGACCAACCUCGAACAGGCUAAAGAGGCUGAGAUGCAGGAGAAGGUCGCCAAGCGCCAGACUGCUCGCCAGGCGCAAUAUACGGCCGAUAACGACAAAUGGGAGAACAACCGAAUGUUCCAGUCUGGUAUCAUCCAGGCUGGUGACAUUGACCAGGACUUUGAAGAGGACGAAGACUCAAAGGUCCAUGUCCUGGUGCACGACCUCAAGCCCCCAUUCCUCGACGGCCGCACAGCCUACACCAGGCAGUUGGAGCCGAUCAACCCUGUCCGCGACGUCACUUCGGACAUGGCCGUGUUCAGUCGCAAGGGCAGUGUCCUCGUCCGCGAGCGCCGAGAGCGCCAGGAGCGCGAACGAGCGGCUGCCAAGGCUGCCUCCGUUGCAGGUACCACUCUUGGAAACCUCAUGGGUGUCAAGGAUGAGCCCCAGCUCGGCGAGGAGGGCCAAAAGGACGAGGACGAUGGCAACUACAAGGCUGGGUCUCAGUUUGCCACCCACUUGAAAAAGGCCGAGGGCGCGUCCGACUUCUCGCGUACCCGUACGCUCAAGCAGCAGAGGGAGUAUCUCCCCGCCUUUGCUGUUCGUGAGCAGCUCAUGAAUACCAUCCGUGACAACCAAGUUACUGUCGUCAUUGGUGAGACUGGUUCGGGCAAGACGACCCAGCUGGGCCAGUUCCUGUAUGAAGAGGGCUACUGUGCCAACGGCUUGAUUUGCUGCACGCAACCUCGUCGUGUGGCCGCCAUGUCCGUCGCCAAGCGUGUGAGCGAGGAGAUGCAGUGCGAGCUCGGCAGCACUGUUGGCUACUCGAUUCGUUUCGAGGACGUAACAACAAAGGAGACCAAGAUCAAGUUCAUGACCGAUGGUAUUCUUCUGCGCGAGUCGCUCAACGAGCCCGACCUUGACCGCUACUCUGUCAUCAUUUUGGACGAGGCUCACGAGCGUUCACUUAGUACCGACAUUAUCAUGGGUCUGCUGAAGAAGAUCUUGACCCGCCGCCGUGACCUCAAGCUCAUUGUGACCUCGGCCACGAUGAACGCCGACAAGUUUUCUCAAUUCUUUGGUCUUGCCGCACAGUUUACCAUCCCUGGUCGUACCUUCCCCGUCGAAAUCUUCCACUCGCAGUCUCCCUGUGAGGACUAUGUCGACAGCGCAAUCAAGCAGAUCCUCAAGAUUCACCUGUCAAUGCCCAAGGGCGACAUCCUGGUCUUUAUGACUGGUCAGGAGGAUAUCGAGGCGACGUGCAACGUCGUGGAAGAGCGUCUCGAGACUGUCGAUGACGCACCUCCCCUGGCUGUCUUGCCCAUCUACUCGCAGAUGCCGGCCGACCUGCAGGCCAAGAUCUUCCAGCCCACUCCCGAUGGCCGCCGCAAGGUCGUUGUCGCCACCAACAUUGCGGAAACGUCGCUGACUGUCGAUGGUAUCCUGUAUGUGGUCGAUGCAGGCUACUCCAAGGUCAAGAUCUACAACCCCAAGGUCGGAAUGGACGCCCUUCAAAUCACACCUAUCAGUCAGGCCAACGCUGGCCAGCGAACGGGUCGAGCCGGUCGUACAGGUCCUGGAUUCUGCUACCGCCUGUACACGGAGAUGGCAUACAUCAACGAAAUGUUCCCCAGUAACAUUCCCGAGAUCCAACGUACCAACCUUGCGAACACUGUGCUUCAGCUCAAGACCCUCGGUGUCAAGAACCUGCUCGAGUUUGACUUUAUGGACCCUCCUCCGCAGGAGAACAUUCUCAACUCGAUGUUCCAGCUCUGGGUCCUGGCCGCCUUGGACAACAUCGGUGACCUCACCGACGCAGGCGCCAAAAUGUCUGAUUUCCCCAUGGAGCCGUCGCUCGCCAAGAUGCUCAUUGUCGCCACCGAACACAAGUGUUCGGCCGAGAUGCUCACUAUUGUGUCAAUGCUCUCGGUCCCGUCCGUCUUUUACCGCCCGCCACAGCGCGCCGAGGAAAGUGACGCUGCGCGUGAAAAGUUCUUCGUCCCCGAAUCAGACCACCUCACUUUGCUCCACGUCUACACCCAGUGGAAGAACAAUGGGUAUUCCGAUUCGUGGUGCAUGAAGCACUUUCUCCACCCCAAGAUUCUCCGCAAGGCGCGCGAGGUCCGUGGCCAGCUCGAGGAGAUUAUGGGCACACAAAAGAUGGCUAUCCUUUCGUGCGGUACCGACUGGGACAUUGUCAGGAAAUGUAUCACGGCGGGAUACUUCCACCAGGCAGCUCGCGUCAAGAACCUGGGCGAGUAUGUCAACAUUAGGACAGGACUGCCCUGUGUCCUGCACCCAACGAGUGCACUGUACGGCCUAGGAUACAUGCCCGACUAUGUCGUGUAUCACGAGCUCGUCCUCACCUCCAGGCAAUACAUGAUGUGCGUCACCUCUGUCGACCCGUACUGGCUCGCCGAGCUCGGCGGCGUCUUCUUCUCGAUCCGCGAGCGCAACUUCGACGGCUCCCAGCGUGCGCGCGCCCACAAGGAUUUCAGCAAGAAGACCGAGAUGGAGGCCGAGAUGGCCCGGCAGCGUGAAGAGCUCGAGCGUGCAAAGGCCGAAAAGAUCAGUGCGGCCGCACGCGCGCGCUCCACGCCCCAGAUUGGCGGCGUGGGAGCGACGCCGGCCAGUGCCCGAUCCUUCGGGGCGACACCAAAGUCCCAGCGCGCGGGUAUCGGUGCUGGAUCGCGUAUGAGCUCGACGCCCAGGAGGAGGCCAGGCGGUAUCUAG